AUGUUCUGGGGUGAAUCAAUAUGGGGGCUUUUCCUCAUAGCCCAGCUGUGCAUCAGUGUCAUGGGGAACUCCCUGCUCUCCAUGCUCUAUCUGCACAUGUUUUCAUUCCAACAUUAUCUAAAGAAGCCCAUCAAUGCCAUCUUCAUACAUCUGACUGUGGUCAACAUCCUGAACCUCACCUUCACACUUGUGCCAAAUAAUGUGGCAUCCUUUGGAGUCCAAUGUUUUCUGGACAAUGUGGGCUGCAAAGCAGUGGUGUACCUCUUCAGAGUCACCCAGGGACUGUCCAUCUGUACCACCUCACUCCUCAGUGCGUUUCACACCACCACCAUCAGCUCCAACCUUGCUCAGUACGUGUGGCUUAAAUCUAAGUCUUCAGUGUGGAUUUUCCCUUCUUUCUUGUUCUUCUGGGUUGUCAAUAUGCUCAUCUAUGUCCCAGUCAUUAAGGAUAUGAAAGCCAAAAUCAAUUUCACUCUUGUUGGUUCUGAGUUUUCCAAUGUAUAUUGUCAUACUCCACUGCUUGAAGACAAUAGAUCAGGGUAUUAUAUCUCUAUCUUAUUAUUUAGAGAUUUUGUGUUUGUAAUCCUCAUGAUCAUCACCAGCCUCUACAUGGUGAGGCUUCUAUACCAACACCACGAGAUAGCUCAGCACCUACAUAGUUUUAGGCUUGCUAUCCAGCCAGCACCCAAGAGCAAGGCCACCCACACCAUCCUGCUGUUCGUCAGUUGUUUCAUGUGUUUCUAUUGCUUCAACAUCACCAACUUCUAUUACUUUUACACAGCAGUGAAAAUCCCUACCCUGGAGGUGAUGGGAGAGUGGUUUGCUCCUGUGGGAAGAUUUGAUGGAUGCCCAGUAAACAAUGCCAGCCAGGCAGCAGAUGAUGCUGAUUGA